CCGAGCCGGGCUGUGGGGCCCGACCCGCGGCGGCCGGGGCCAGCGGGCCGGGCGCGUCCUGCGGCUCCUGCGCGGCCGCCUCCGGCGGGGCUCGACCGCUCCGUGCCCGGCGGGGGGCCAGCGCUCGGGGCCAUGGUCGUGGACCCCUGACGGGCCGCGACCGCCCCCAUGAAGCGGAAGAAAGAGCGGCGGCAGACCUGGGCCGCCGCGCCCCCCUCCGCGCGGCGCUGCUCGUCCACCUCGCCCACGGCGAAGAAGAGCCGCAGCUCCACGUCGCAGGACCUGGACGAUCCGGAUGAGCGGGACGACCUGUACCUGGACAUCACCGCUUUUCAUGGAUACUGCUCCAACACAGAUCGCCUUUGUUUUGCCAUUCUCUACAGCAGACCAAAGAGUUCAUCAAAUAUACAUUAUUUCAGCAUAGAUAAUGAACUUGAAUAUGAGAGCUUCUACGCAGAUUUUGGACCACUUAAUCUGGCAAUGAUUUACAGAUAUUGUUGCAAGAUAAAUAAGAAAUUAAAGACCGUUACAAUGAUAAGGAAGAAAAUAAUUCAUUUUACUGGCUCUGAUCAGAAAAAACAAGCAAAUGCUGCUUUCCUUAUUGGAUGUUAUAUGGUUAUAUAUUUGGGGAGGACUCCAGAAGAAGCCUAUAGAAUAUUAAUAUUUGGAGAUACACCCUAUAUUCCUUUCAGAGAUGCUGCCUAUGGGAGUUGCAAUUUCUACAUUACGCUUCUUGACUGUUUUCACGCAGUAAAGAAGGCAGUGCUGUUUGGCUUCCUUAAUUUCAACACCUUUAACCUUGCUGAGUAUGAAUACUAUGAGAAAGCAGAAAAUGGAGAUUUAAACUGGAUCAUACCAGGGCGUUUUGUGGCCUUCUGUGGACCUCAUUUGAGAACCAAACUCGAAAGUGGUUACUACCAACAUUCUCCCGAGGCUUAUAUUCCAUACUUUAAGAACCACAAUGUUUCUACCAUUAUUCGCCUGAAUAAGAGGGUGUAUGAUGCCAAACGCUUUACCUCUGCUGGGUUUGAGCACUACGAGCUCUUCUUUGCGGACGGCAGUGCCCCCACUGAUGACAUUGUGAAAGAAUUUCUGGACAUUUGUGAGAAUGCCGAGGGCGCCGUUGCAGUCCACUGUAAAGCUGGCCUUGGGCGCACAGGCACAAUGAUUGCCUGCUACCUGAUGAAGCAUUAUCGGAUGACAGCAGCCGAGAGCAUCGCCUGGGUGAGGAUCUGCAGGCCUGGCUCCGUCAUUGGGCCUCAGCAGCAGUUUCUGCUGAUGAAACAGUCAAGCCUCUGGUUGGAAGGGGAUUAUUUCCGUCAGAAGUUAAGUGGUCAGGAGGAUGGCAAGCACAGCGCCGCCUUCUCGAAGCUCCUCCUGGCUGUCGAUGACAUUUCCAUCACCGGGGUGGAGAACCAAAACAAGCCAGAACCUGAACUGUACAGUGAUGAGGAUGAAAUCAAUGGAGUCACACAAGGUGAUAGACUUCGGGCCCUGAAGAGCAGAAGACAGUCCAAAGCAAAUGCUAUUCCCCUCACAGUAAUCCUUCAGUCCAGUGUUCAGAGCUAUAAGCCAUCUGAACCUAACAUUUCUGGCAGUACAGGCAUUACUCAAAGAACCACCAGAUCUGCUUCAAGAAAAAGCAGUUUUAAAAGCCUGAUUGCUCAGAGGGAAAGAAGGAAAAGGAAUACUUUGCGACAAAUGCCCUUACUGGCUCUAUGUCCCACCAUUUCAAGGACUAAAACAGUCUUGCGUUAAGUACAAACCUGUGACCAGAAGUGAAGAUUCUGAAAACUACUGUGGGACGUUAUUAGCACAAAACCGAAUUGCAAAAGCCUUAGAUGCUUUCCACCUAAGAAGUUUAUUCAACGGAGAAAAUGCCCAUUGGAGUUUCAAUAACGGAAUGAGUUUGGGUACAGACGAAUGACUUGAAGGCGGCCCAACUCCCCUUUUAUGGAAACUCUCAACAAACAAGCUGGUGUCCAGUUGGCCUCAGGUGCUCACUGGAAGCGCUGCUCAGAUUGUGGGCUGAGUGCCAGUGGGAGUGGGGAGCGAGUUCUGCUGAUGCCAGUCUUCUAGCUGCUGGCCUUCCGAGGGACCCCCUUAGGGAGGUGUUUUACUUAUUUAUUUUCUGUUCACCCUGUGUCAGAGUUUUAAAGGAGGAAACUGGCAUUAGAAAAAUGAGACGUUUAUAACUUGAUAGUGUUUGCUUUCAUGGUCUUCCCAUUAACGUCUGUGAUGCUGUGCAGUGGCCCCCACAUUGCUUGUCUCCCCAGACAGUGCUCCAGUAACAAGAGGCUGUGAAAACCCCGUGGAAAUCCUACGUGUAUGGUACCAAGUUGUACUUUGGAACCGAAAACUUGGAAAAGACUAGUCAUGGGGACUUCAGAAGACAGAAAAGGGAGG